AUGAGCGCGGACGGCGAGGAACCGCGUCAUCUUGCAAGUCGAGACGAACGUACAGACGAGUUCUUUCGGAGCACGGAGACCCGCCCGCGUGAGUCAGCAGUCCCCAAUAUGAUCGGCGCUUCCUGGCCGCGUUUGGGGAAAUCCGACUUCGGAUUGGAGACGAAGGAUGUCGCAACUUCCGAAGUUCACGCACACAACGCGUGUCGCGCGGACGACGCGGGGGACGUCGCCCCUGAAGCGCGGGGCGAGGAGACACGCGUGGAGUCAGCCCCAGUCGAGGUGAGGGAUGCAUGCGGGGACGGCCAAAGCGGACCUGAAUAUGAAGAACAGUUCCGCGGAAACAGCCGAGCGCUUCGAUUGUGGGAAUCGAGGGGGAGCGAACGGCAAGGCGAGCACGAGCGGGGAGAAGGCAAGAACGGAAAUAUGAAACGCAUGCUCGCAGGUCUCGGAGACCUCCCGCGGGACGCUGCAGCGCUCGGCCGCAGCGACGCCCGAGGCUCCGACCCCUCCAACCUAUUUGCGUCCACGCGCUCCUUCCCCCCAGAUCUUCCUGCAGUCUUUCGUGAAGAUUUACGGCCGUGUGAAGAGGAAGUCGUGGGCCCCGUUGGGUCCCACGGCGGAUGUCUCUCCCUCUCCCAAGAGACAGCAGCUCUGUGCAAUGGAAACCGCGGAACUCCAGUGUCUCCUGCGCGCACGCUGGAUUACUUCUCCAUCUCGUCUUCGUGGGGGACGGCGCCAUCUGUCUCUGGAACGCCGACCAGCUACAAUCUGUGCGCGAAGGGUAUCAGCACUUCGCUUCCCCCCGGGCAGGGCGCCCUGGCACAUUUGGGCUGUACCGGCAGCCCCCCGGCUGUUUCCCCGAGCGGGAGUCAUGUGUCCUCCGACAACAAUCGGGGUGCGCAACCGGAACUGCUGCAUCCAAUCAACGAGGACAGCUUCCCGGGCAGUUUCCAGCAACUUCCUGAGAACGCGUCUGCCGUCGCCUUCGCAGAUUCAGCCGCAGAGCUGAAAGAGAGUGCGUGUCCCGCGACUGCUCUCCGUGGUGCGCCAGGUGCUCCUGUAGCGCAGCGCGUCUCAGGGUUGUGGGGAAUCGGGCAUGGGUCCGGGUUUGCCGGCGCAGCGCCCUUGGCGCCGCCAACUCCUUUCCAGUCUUUGUUUCUUGGUACAGCACAGCAUGGAAACGGAGGUGCGGGCAUCCACCCGGUGGGAGAGGCGGCCCAUUUCGUGUCGCGAGCGUUUCCUGACGAGAACUUUCCGUUCGCUUCUCCCAUCUCGCCCUCUUUCCCCGUCGCUCGGCACCCCGCGCCCGACACCGCUGGGGCGUCCUCGCCGCGGCGCUCUCCGUCGCUGGUCUCCUCUUCAACGACAUGCCCGUCCCACAGCACUCUGUCGGCGGCUUCGCCACACACCCGACCGGCCGGGAGCGUGAGCCCGGCGUUCCCGUACGCCGGGGCGAACUUGCAUGGCUCACCUGGGGUCCAGAAUCUGACGAACCUCGUUUCGCCGCUCCAACUUCAACACUUGCUUCAGCUGGGGGCUCUCUCAAACGGGUUCGUCCCCAACGGAAGCUUCGACAGGCGAGCGCCUGCGGAUGGAAGGUUGCACGGAAACGGGCGUCAACCGGAUCUGUCGCAGCUGGGCUGCUCUCCUGUGGGAAUUGACAUUGGCACCAGUAACGCCAGCGGCUUUGGGGACCGUGACAACUCGAGUGGAAGCGAAGCAUCGAUGAAACUUGCGUGCGGGCCGCUGUCCCAUGUGUUGCGUUCGAACCCCGGCGCGUGCGGAGUGCGCCACGCGGGCUCCGUUUCGCUCUUUCCUGGCGUAGGCUCUCCAGUGAAUUACGGGUGCCCUCCUGUAGGGAGUGAGGGACUUCCCCAUCAGGCCGGCCGAACGUUUGUCGGAAACAUUCCCCCAGACAUCACAAGAGCGUCUGUGAAGAGGCUCGCCGAGAGAUACGGCACUGUCCUCGGAGUCGAGUACGACCCUCACCCGGGCAGGUGGGCGUACGCGUACAUUAUUUUCGCAACGGCAACCAUGGCCGACCGAGCCGCCAGCGCCAUGCACGGGAAACGAGCUUUUGAGGAUCUCGCCACUAGCGAAUACAUGGCUAGCUGUCCUGUGCAAUGUGUCACGCCCCAUGCAGGAGGCCAAGACGACAGUCAGCCGAAUGCGGCAACAGGCAUCCUCGCUGCGUUAGGAACUCUGGGCUCCUCUUCGGCGAUCCAGGGCUUACGGACAGUGCCAGGAAAGGCAUGUGUGCUCGACCCUGCAGUGAUUCAAGAGCAAGCGAGGAAAACCACCUUCACACUUCUGAGAGACGGUCCCCCAGGGGCAAAUUUAUUCAUCUACGGCAUCCCAGCGUGCUGGAAGGAGCUCGAGCUUAUGGUUCUCGUCGGCCAGUUUGGUCACGUUGUUGGCAUUCGAGUGCCUCCUGCGUCUUCCGCUGUGGUGCCGCCUUCGUCGAACUUUCCGGCGGGUGGGCCGAUUGGGAGCAGCAACACAAACUCCACGCUUCUCUCUUGCUGCAGCUACAACCGCGGCUUUGGAUUCGCUUCCUACGACAACACGAGCGCUGCGUUUGACGCCUUCCGGCAACUCUCUGGCUUGGUGGUGGCAGGAAAGGCGCUGAAGAUUCAGCUCAAGAACGGCGAAGAACAUCUGCUCGACUCCGCGCUCAAGGCGAUCGCUAACAACGGGUCCCCCGUUGCCAGCCCGAGCCCGAACUGGAACCCAGUGCUGGGAGGGGGGCUGGGCGCAACUCCUUGGGACGGCCAAGGCCCUGGAGGCGCUUUCUUCGCACAACUGCCCACCGGCGGAGGGUUGCCGUCAGGGCGUAGCUGGGGUGGAGGCAGCGCCUCUGUAGCUGCGAUGGUGCAAGGACAAAACAUGAUCAUCUCCCCUGGACCUGUGGCACGUGGGCCAGGACCCCACGCAGAGACCGGCGGCCACCAGCUUUUCCCCUAUUCCGUCCCUAGCUCGCCCGUGCAACGCUUUGGAAGCCUGCCGCCCGCUGGUACCUCCAGUGUCAGUCAGCAGAUGGGCGGAAGUUUCCUGGGUGUCGGUGGAGCGCUAGGCGUGCACACUGGGCUCGGCGCGGCAGGCCGCCUAACAGGGUCAGCGGGGUCGCCUGCAUUCACGUCGACUGCGUCCGUGUGCUCCUCGACUUCUGGAGGCCACGCGAGCGGCUCACGAGGCCCCGGCCCCGUCACCUUUGCACCGUCUGACCCGUUUUUGGCGGUAACUGCAGCGGGGCUGUGUUCACUCCUGGCGGCGUCCGGUGGUGGCGGCAGAGGGGGCAUGACGGCCCAGCAGCAACUGCUCCUGCAGCAGGCCUUCAGCACAAUGACUCCGGGCCAAAAACAGCAGCUGCUUCUUCUUCUCACGCAGUCCGCAAGUCAGGACUGUUCGUCUCCAGACGCCACGAAGGGCGAGAGAGACGGGCAUCCGACAGCAGACGGGAGUGAAGGCAGUCAGGUGGCAAACUCGCACGUUCCCUCGGUGGCGAGCUCGAGUGUGGAGUCCGAGGCUGGGGCUGGAGGAGCCGCCGGCUCAUUGGGUUCGGGCACAGGUAACAGUUCGUUCACUCUGCGCGAUUUCCUGGUCGGCGGACUUUCGCAGCACCAGCCUAAGGUGCCUGCCGCCCAGCCGGAAGCCGAAGUCGGCUCAGGCGCAAAGGGCCAUGUUGUGUCCCUUCAGCAUACGCAACAGACAGCGCCCGGUGUUUCAGCGCCGGCUCUGCCGAACGCUGCGGGUGGUCCCCUUCCGCCGCUGGGACAGGGCACCGAGCCAGGUGAGGAAGAAGACGCGGGAAUGGCGACGGACGAGAGAACGCGACUGCCUGUCCAUGGGUAUACGGCAAUUUCCUCCACGCCUGGAGAGGACGCCGAUGUGGGAGAAUGGGAAGCCUUCUGCGGUGGUCCCGACCGCCUUUUUGGUACUCUGCUCUCUCAGAACUCCCACGCUUUCUCUCCUCGGGGCAAGAAUGACUCAACCACUUUACGAUUUGUCGGUCGCACCACUGGCGAAGGCAGUGAAGCUGCAGCCGCCUUCUUUAAGAGCGAGGACCCUGGGAGCCGCACGGAGUCUCGAGAGUUCAGCUUCUUGCUGAGCACCAGUGGACAGUGCCGAGAAGGUAGCGCAAAGUUCACACCGGGGGAGGGCGGUCCGUCUCCAGCUGUCGAUGCUGUUUCUCCCAGACGCCUGAACGUCCGACGGCAAACAGCCAAAGGCGACGCCACGGCAAACACGGAUGACGCACGGAAACCCGGUCCAGACACUCGAGGUGUCUCGUCUCAUCUGGGCUCCGCGACUGUGGUGUCUUCGGAUUUCUGUUUGGUGUCGAGGGGAGCCGAGGACGGAAAAUAUCGCAUCAGUCAGACUGGAAGCCGGGCGCUCUCGUGCCCUCCAUCUGAGGAACCAAACGCAUGCAGUCCCCGCUCUGAGCUCGGUCCCGCCCCGCAAGCAGCCGGAAAAGCGGGGGGAGCCAAAGACGUUGGUCCACAAGCCCGCGAAUGUGUCACCUCGCGGACACUGGUGCAUCAGCUAGCGCAGUGUGUGUCGAUGCUGACGUCUCCCGCGGGCUUCUUUCGCACGCAAGAUGCUUCGGGGGUUUGGCCGGAAAAGGCGGAAACAGAAGCGGGCGAGGCGAGUCCAGCGAGUGCCGGAGAAAAGAGAGAGGAAGAGUUUGCAGGAUGGAAUGACAACGGAAGGGAAAGCGGGGCGGGAGAGCAGAAGGCCGGAGAAGGCACUGCAAGAGAUACCCCCCCUCGCUUACCGAUCCCGGAAGCUGCGGAUCCCGGCAAGAAACUGGAGGCGAGAGAUUUGCAUACAGACUGCCUGGGCCGCCAGCAGGGCGCCACAGAGGCGAAACAGUGGGAGAAUGAGGCAGGGCGAAACGCAGCUUCGGGUGCUGCACAGAACGGGCGUCAAGGAGUCCGCGACGGCAGUGUGUUACGAGAUCAAGGUGACUGCCACGGUGAUGCUGUAGCUGUUGGACGCAACGCCCAGGACACGCACAAGGGAACCGUGCACAGCUCGGGUGUCGAUCCUUUUCCGCGCUCGCGUGAGGCCUCGCUUGACGCUUCGUCGCCCCUGUUUUUUUUCUUGGAGGCGUCGCCGGGGAGUGCGGCCAAUCCUGAACGCGUAGACUGCCUGUCACCCCCAAAGGCGAUCUCGUCGCCUUCCUCUCGUACUUCAUCUGGUGGCACUGUGGGGAGUGCAUCGCUGCCGCGAUUUGGUCUGCUCGGGUCUGCUGAAGCUGGAGAAGCGAGCGCGACACGAGCAGAGCUAGUCAAAGACCAUGCCGUGAGAGGCGAGAGACACGAGACAGGUGAGGCGCGCAGAUCGCCAUCUUGCGCCGCGAGCCUCAGGGUUGGUAUCGCCUCGGCAGAGUCUGCCCUCAACGAGAUAGAGGGGUACUCGUCCCGUCAGGGCCCGUCCUCGCUGGGCCGACAGCCUGGGGAAGAGGCGGCAGGGGGCUCCAGUGGCGAGGCGUCUCUGAAGGAUUUUGGCGAUGGUGUAAGACGAGACGAAGUGCCGAGAACCCUUGCUGAAGGUGCCGCCAACGGGGCAUCCCCUACUAUCCCUGCAAUUUUCCCGUCGACGAGAGAUCGAGCGAUGGGGAAUGGAGAAAGGUCUUGGCCUCUCGGGUUUUCUGGAUCGAGCGCGCAUGAGCUGCCAGACGACGAAGGAAGAAUCUCAGGUCGCCUUGACGCUAGGCUCAGACCCUCAUCUUUGUCCUCCUCGCCAUUCCCGUCUCUCGAAGACGACGUCAUUCCGGUGCAUGAAAGGGAAUCGAACCCUACUGGAAAGGCCGUGAAUGACGCUAGCAACGGUGGCAGCAAGGGACCUAUCGCUCCUCCGCCCCCGACGUUCAAAGCGUCUCAGCGGCGAGUCAAACGGACGGAUUUGUCUCUUUUGACGUCUGGUGGGGCUGGGUUUCUUCAUGUAGCUGGACGUGCAGUGCAGAGCGAGAGACGGGAGGGGUUCGUCUUCCCGUCCGAACAAGUUAGUGCCUAUGCGACACAGAGAGACAAGAGUGACCGCUCAUUUCUAAACAUGCCCCAAUCUCAGCACUCCGUUCUCGCAAACCUAGCCUCUUCCCACCAAGGAGCGGCGAUGCAGAACAUUUGUGGUCGAGUGGCAGGCGUCGCUCCAAACAGUUUGCGUCCCUGCCCGUCAACUCUCACUGCAGGGCCAUCAUCCGGAGGAGCGUGUGGCGACCCCACACACAAGGGACUCGGGAGAAUCGCGUCUGGUGGCGGCUUUGCCUUCUCCUGCCAUCUGCCUCCAGUCCUCGGGGGUGCAGGGAACGGAGCCGUGGUAGGCAGCAGCUUGGGUGCGCAUGCAUUGGGCACAGACGGCUCAGUCGGAGUGUCGGGCCAAAGCUACGAAGGCGUUGGUGAAGCGCUCAGUCACAGAACGUGCUCUGGAUCAGGGAGAAAGUCCAGGGGGCCAAGCGUUGCGACCAAGAAGGAUGCCGGAGAUUCGAGCCUCAGCUUCAUGCGUGCAGCUGGAAGUGUGUCUGCUGUGUCCUGCGCUGGACACACGGACGUCAGUGGCGACUUUCAUGGUGCACCGAACGGAGACAGCCUGGGGAACUCGGAAGGGUGUAGCAAGUACGCACCCACCGCGGGUAGCGCUGCCACUCUUUCCCAAGUGUCUCGCCCCUGUCCGGCAAAAGGUUUCUCGUCCGACCUUCAGCUCCAUCUCAGCGGCUCUGCGGUCCCCGUUACCUCGGCAGCGUCCGUCGGCGCACUGAACGGUGGAGAGUGCAGAGCCGCAGGACACGUCGCGUCUUUCCAGGCGGGCGUGGGGUGGAACGUCGGCCUAGACGCCGGUUCGUAUAGUGCAUCUGUCGAAAUUCUUCAGCAGCUGGCGAGGGAGCAAGAGGUGGAGGCGCUCCGUCAGCAGUUGCUUCACCACAGGCCGGAUUUUCCGUUCCAGUCUGGAUCCGUCGCUGUGCACGUCGCGGCAGCACAGGGGAUCCGGGGGCCCUGGCUCGGUGCGGAAGCAGAAGUCGCUGGACGUCUGUCGGUUGCUUGCACGUUGCCUGGAGGCACGCAAGCAGGAAAGGGGAUGAGCGGGGAGGCGGCUUGGUGGGUAUCAGGCGCCACAGACGGAAAAGUCUUGGAGCGUGGUGACGGUGACGGAGUGAACGGCGCAAGUGCGCCUUCGCACCUUCCGGACGUUGCUCCCGCUCGAGUGCCCGAAACGAAGGGAGAUACAGAGCUUGGGGGCGGAGGCCUCCCUCUCGCCUGGGCCGAUCCGAGCCUUCAAAACGGCACGCCACCAACGGCGACCCCGACCACGUCUGGGACGACUGCGAGCUCGGUGGCAGCCAGUGCAAACAACACACCGCCGAGAGGCGUGGGCCAGCAUGCAGGUAAAGGCAAAGAGAAAGGCAAUGAGGUGGAAAGCAAGGCGGCUCCGGUGGGCAGCAAGCGGCAGAAACACCCAUGCGAAAGCGGCGAGGGGAAGAGAGAACACAGUGGGGACGGGGCGAGAGCAGAGUCCUCGGGCGUCUGUCCGACUCAAGAGGCAGAGGGACUGAGAACUUGGCUCUGA